UCGUCUCUCGUCUUCCCACGAGAAGUCGGUGUUUGUGAGCACUUGUCACUCCUUCUCUUCUCCGCGCUGUCCCAGUUUUUUUUAAAAUAAUAUUUAGUUUAAUUACCAGGUGAUUGAAGUUUUAGAACUCGGCAAGCUGAGAACCCUCAAAUCUCUGACCCGAUCUGAUCGCUCACCGCUUCUCCCGCUGCAUUGAUUCAUCAAUCAAGAAAAGAAUCGCGUUAUGUCAGCACUCUUCAAUUUCCAUUCGUUCUUGACGGUGGUUCUGCUGGUGAUCUGCACUUGCUCAUACAUCAAGAUGCAGUUCCCCGCCAUCCUGGAGCAUCGAACUGGGUUCCGUGGCUUCUUCUGGAAGGCAGCUAGAAUUGGUGAGAGAUUAAGCCCAUGGGUAGCCUUUGGAUGCUUUGCAAUGGGUGCAUCUAUGAUCUUUUCCACAUUCUGAGUUGAUUCGGUUUGCUGCUGAUGUACCCAUCCCAGAUCAAGUGCCUUGUUUUGACUGUUAUUCUGCCUGGUCCUCAAACUGUAAUUGGGAUUUUUCUGUUGUUCAUUGUUGGUAUUUGAUUCCUCUUUGCAUAUUAUUUCGGUAGGGGAAAGAACACGCCAUCCUUAAGCACUGUGAUGUUAGAAAAUUACUAAAAUGAGGCGGAACUGAAGAUUAAUUAAACUUCUGAGUGAAGUUUAAAAUGUUUUCUUGAAGAGAAAAGUAUAUAUGUAAGCAAAUAAACAUUGUUUUUAUUUAUACAGUACUGAAUAUAAGCAGAAAUAGCAAUUGAUCA